AUGACCGGGUCAGCGUUCUCGUCGGCAACUGGACAAGGUGGACGUAAUUUCGUUAUUCCGAAAAAAUCUGAUAACCGUAAUGACAAAUUUGGCAAUAUCGUACAGGCCAAACAGGAAAUGGGCAUGACUAAAGAACAACAAGAAGAAGCGAAGAGGGCUUUCCUCGCUUCUGUGGCCAAAGGCAUACCUGUUUCGUCCGAUCUGCAGCCAAAUGAUCUAAAAGCAAAAAUCAAAGAGCUUCACCAACGUAUAUGCAAGCUGGAGGCCGAGAAAUACGAUCUCGAGAAGCGGCAUGAACGUCAGGAAUACGACCUGAAAGAACUUAACGAGCGUCAGCGUCAGGUAGCUCGUAACAAUGCUCUGAAGAAAGGUAUCGACCCCACCGAUGCCGCUUCGUCGAAAUACCCACCCAAAGUUCAAAUCUUUUCGAAAUAUGACCGUCAGAUUGAUCGCCGCAAUUUCAUUGAACGUCGACGUGUGUAUGACAAUAAGAACGCCUAUCCAUGUUUUCCUGGUGUUCCACCACCGCCUGCCAUUUUCGAAAAGGUCAUCCUGAAGCUUGACGCGGAAAGGGAUGACGAAGACUAUGAGUAG